CGUGGCUUCUCCUGCAGGAAGCGCGGUCCCAGGAGUGGCCGAUGCUCCCUCUCCUGCCCAUUCCGCGGAUGGGCAAUCCCAGGCGGAACUCCCUUGAGGGUCUCAGAAUAUCUGGGAGACCUCGGGCUCUUGAUCUCCGAGACACCCCGUUUCGUAGUGGAGAACAGCCCAGAUCGGGGAAGUUUAUUUUGCCCAAAGCCGGUUAGAGGCCCCCUGGCCCUCGAUUCCCAGUGCGGGGCUCAGGUGCGUUGCAGCCUAGACGGGGCUUACUGUGAGCCAAGCAGCCUCUGGGACCUGUCUGCUUCCCCUACCCCUUGCAAAGAAGCCGGAGCCCAGAGCUCCCCUGAACAGCAGCUGCAGCAGCCAUGGCCCCGCCCUGGGUGCCCGCCAUGGGCUUCACGCUGGUGCCCAGCCUGGGGUGCUUCGUGGGCUCCCGCUUUGUCCACGGCGAGGGUCUCCGCUGGUACGCCGGCCUGCAGAAGCCCUCGUGGCACCCACCCCACUGGGUGCUGGGCCCUGUCUGGGGCACGCUCUACUCGGCCAUGGGGUACGGCUCCUACCUGGUCUGGAAAGAGCUGGGAGGCUUCACAGAGGAGGCUGUGGUUCCCCUGGGCCUCUACACUGGGCAGCUGGCCCUGAACUGGGCAUGGCCCCCCAUCUUCUUUGGUGCCCGACAAAUGGGCUGGGCCUUGGUGGAUCUCCUGCUGGUCAGUGGGGCGGCAGCAGCAACUACCGUGGCCUGGUACCAGGUGAGCCCGCUGGCUGCCCGCCUGCUGUACCCCUACCUGGCCUGGCUGGCCUUCGCGACCACACUCAACUACUGCGUAUGGCGGGACAACCAUGGCUGGCGUGGGGGACGGCGGCUGCCAGAGUGAGUGCCCGGCCCACCAGGGACUGCAGCUGCACCAGCAGGUGCCAUCAUGCUUGUGAUGUGGUGGCCGUCAUGCUUUCAUGACCACUGGGCCUGCUAGUCUGUCAGGGCCUCGGCCCAGGGGUCAGCAGAGCUUCAGAGGUGGCCCCACCUGAGCCCCCACCCGGGAGCAGUGUCCUGUGCUUUCUGCAUGCUUAGAGCAUGUUCUCGGAACAUGGAAUUUUAUAAGCUGAAUAAAGUUUUUGACUUCCUUUA